GUAGGAAAUCGUGAUGCUGUAGGUUAUGGUAUGAAUGGCAGAUUAUUUUAUAAUGAUUCAAUGGAAUUCCCAUACCCAAGCAUUAGGUUUGGAGAGAAUACACAAGAUGUCUUGGCUCUGAGAGCUAAAGAACGAGACGAUUGGUCAACUUUGAGUGUUGAGGACAAGAAAGCCUUGUAUAGAGCAAGUUUCUGCAAUAAUUUUGCUGAAAUGAGAGCUCCUACAGGCUAUUGGAAAGAUUACCUUACAUCAUUUCUGGUGAUGAUGUCUAUGUCCCUGUUA